CCCCCACACACACACACACACACACUUCAACGUGGUAGUACUGAGGAGUAGGACGCUGGGUGGAGCAGCGUCGCGUGCUGCGGAAUACAUUCGGUAGGUCGACUGCGCGCGGUCUGGUUGCAGAUGCAGGUCGCUGAGUGUGAGCGCGAGGCGGGGGGAAAUGGCGAACGGGCGCGGGCGGCGGCGGUACGCCUCGUGAGGAUACAGUAGACAGCCGGAGCGGAGGCAGGCGGCACUUCGAGGACAGACGGGAGAAGGGAAAGGGAACCAUGGAGGAAUCCGAGCCCACAGAGGACGGCUUGCUCGCGGGCUUGCGAUGGAACCGGAGCGCACGGGACCAGGCACAGCUCAAACACAAAAUCCGGGAUCUGCCAGGGCUACUGAAGCACGGGCUGCACCUGCGGAAGAAGAGCCAAUCACCUGACACUAUCCCGGGACCGAGCACUGGAACUACAGUACACAAGUCCUGCUCCCAGAGUUUUCCGUGUGCUGGUCGGACCGUGAGGAAUGCCUUCCUCUCUCAUGGACCAUACCCAGCUAAAGACAAGAUACACCUGGCCAGAAUCAUACGGCGUAGCUACGUGGGCGUAGAACUGGUGCAGUGGCUGUGUGAGCAGUGCGUGUAUGUGCGCUGUCGGACUACUGCCGUGCGUGUCUGGCAGGUGCUGCUGGAGCUGGGAAUCCUGCUGUCCGUGGAUCAGCGGGUGGUGUUUUCUGAUUCCAACUCUUACUACCAGUUCAGCUUUGAAGAGUGUGACUCCGCCUCUUGCGAGUUUCGUUCCAGUGAGGGGGAUUGGCCAGAAGCUGUUAGGCUCCUCCUACAACUCGCCCCAUAUGUCCAGUUUCGCUCUGGAGGCGGGGCCAACAGCCCGUCAGAGGAGGACUCUGAGGGCAACAGGGACAUCUGCAGUGAGAUUCUCCAGAUGAAAGCUCUUGAGAGGCUCACUUCUACGGUGCAAAGUGAGUUGGCGGCUGCUCUUGCCCGAAAGACUCGCAAAGCUUUAUCAGAGCAGGACUCUGAGACGACAGAGACGAGCCAACAGGAAGCUCGCACACCCAGCGAGGAGAGCAGCCCGCUGGGCGGGGUGUGUGCACUGCGGGGCAGCAGUGGUGGCAGCGGCGGCGGUGGCGGCAGUGGGGGAAUGGGAACGUGUGGCCGUGAGGAGCUGACCAGUCGGCUGGGGCUGGAGGCCGUUCAACGGCUGGCCAAGGAUGGUUGCCGGCUGCUGCAGAACCACAACUACAGGCUACCCGACAGGAACCAGGCGGAGGCCGUGGGGAGGGUUUGUCUGAAGGAGAGAGGAAGGGAUGUAUUGGUGCUGCAGAGAGUGACAUCGUCAGUGACGUCGCCAUCGGACCGGCCCUCACCCACAUCGUCAGGGGGCGGGUCCAGAGAAGAGGAUUGCGACAAGAGGUACGUCGUGGUGUCGGGGACACCGCUCAAGAUCUUGGAGCACCUGCUGAGUGACCUGCGGUUGGAUGACCAAAGAGGGGCGCCAGAGAGCAGAGAGAGUGAAAUGCUGCUGGAUGACUUCCUGUUGACCUACCUGGUGUUCAUGUCCACCCCUGACCUCUGUCAGGCUCUGCUGGGACACUAUAGCAGCGCCCGCUGCAGGGGCCAGGAGGAGGGCAAAGAUGCCCUCUUCAGGAAACGUAAGGUACUGCAGCUGGUCUCCCACUGGAGCAGGCUUUACAAGGACUUCCUCAAGGAAGAGGAACACGUCAGGAGCUUCAUGAAGACCCUGUACAGGUAUGUUUUGGAAGAUCUGUAUGAGUUCCCCACCCUGGAGAAAGACCUGAAGGAGUUCCAGAAACUUCUGCGUCGCAGACACACUGUGGAUGACUGCCCUCCAAACCAAAAGAGUAAACAAAUGUAUCAGCAGUUGAGUUUAAAGGAAAACUGCUUGCAACUUCGAAGUCCCCCGACUGAGACUAGAGAGGUCAUUUGUUGCGUGUAUGUGAGUGCUGACUCCUACCUGAGUGUCCACAUACACCCCUCAAUGGAGGCCCACGAGCUGCUGAGGAUUGUGGGUCUGAAAAUGGACAGAGCAGAAGAAGACAUGUUGCUCGCUGUGGUGUCGCACACUGGAGAGCGUCGGGUCUUACAGUCCAGCGACUGUGUGUAUUCAGAGUCUUUGACCCCACAGGGGAAGCUCAUGGCCUGUCGCAGGGAUCUCACUGAUAUCUUGCCUCCUUUAACGGACAGUGCUGAGCUAAGCAGGAGGCCUGUGCGACUCUUAGGUAUUAACACCUGGGAUGUGGCAGCUGCUCUCACACACCUGGACUGGACCCUUUUCAAAUCCAUCCAUGAGCAGGAGCUGGUGUACUACACCCUCAGCCGUGCUCCUGGUGCGGGCCACACGGCGGCGCUCUCAGUCCUGCUCCAGCGCUGUAACGAGGUGCAGCAGUGGGUCAUGUCCGAGGUGCUCAUGUGUGUAUCUCUCAACAAGAGAGUACAACUGCUCAAGAAGUUCAUCAAGAUCGCAGCUCACUGUAAAGCCCAAAGAAAUUUGAACUCUGCAUUUGCCAUCAUCAUGGGUCUGAACACAGCAGCUGUAAGCCGACUCAACCAAACAUGGGAGAAAUGUCCGGGGAAGUUCAAGAAGCUUUUCUCUGAGUUGGAGCUCAUCACGGAUCCAUCUCUGAACCACAAAGCCUAUAGGGAAGCCUUCAAGAGGAUGAAACCUCCUAAGAUCCCUUUUAUGCCUCUUCUCCUGAAAGAUAUCACCUUCAUCCAUGAGGGAAAUAAGACCUUCCAUGACAACCUGGUCAACUUUGAGAAGCUGCAUAUGAUCGCAGACACGGUGAGAAUGAUUCGCCACUGCCAAAGUGACCAACCAGGCAACGAGGUAAUCGGGGUCGACAGUGCAGAGGUGAGGGCGAGCGUUCAGUACCUGCACAUUAUCGACAAUCAGCAGACGCUUUUCGAACUGUCACACAAACUGGAGCCACGUGCUUAAACAUGCACACACACACACACACACAAACACACUGGAGCAUGUGUUCGUGUGACACAGAGGACGCUUUGUAUAGCAAAAUGUCACACACUCACACAUUCACCGCAACAAAAUCGCAGUACCAGCAGAGGUGCCAAGUGGACUUUAAAGCGCCAUAUGUUCUGACACAAAGACACAGAGCUGCCUGUCGUCUAAAGGCUUUGACACCAGACGUGUUUCUAAAUCCACGCACGCUCUGUGAACUGUCCACAGGAGGAGAUCCUGCACAGCAAGGCGGAGAUUUGCCAAACUGAGACAGUGCGUAGAGGAGGCUGUAAUUAGUUUGUACAGUGUCUGUUGGACUGAAUAUGCCCUUGUUUUUGUUCUUGUGAUGAGCUUUUUGGUUAUUUAUCAGCCUGUUUCCUUUUAUUUUUGUUUAGUAGGACUCCCCGAGGUCAACAAGGACUUGAGAGCCUCUUCAUCCUUUAAGUUCCAAACACCAAACAGUGUGUAGAGAAGUCAGGUUUGUUUAUAACCUGACAACCACAACCAUUACCCUCAAUGAUGGUCUCAUGUGAUUUUAUCUGCAUAUCACAUAUCCACCUUGUGAUGCAUGUAUAUCCAGGAUACAUGUGAUAGUUAUUUAGGUAUGUGACACAAGCAGCAGCAGCCAGUGCUGAGGCAGUGCAACACUUUAUUUCCACUUUUAUUUACAAUCGUUUUACCUUUUCUCACUGUAUAGUCUCAGUGAGUGACAAAAGGUAUAACCUUAACAGUGUAUUGUAUCUGUGUAAGGUUUAUUGACUGACUGUGUUGUGUUUAAAACACUAAAGCUUUCCUGAAUUUGCCAGAGUUUGAAUCACCAUUAAUGAACAGUGAACAGUUAUUGCUUCUCCUUUCUGUUUUAGAGUCCCGGUUGACUUUUGGUCAAACAGUCCUCAUGCCCUCUUCUCUAUGAUGUUAUUGUGUGAAUAGAUAUAGUUAAUUUUACGUUGUAUAUAAAAUGGACCUAUACAUUUUUCAGUGCCAAAUGUCACAUUGAGUCCUGCAGCAUAGAUGUAUUGUCGAGCUCUUGAUUUGCUGAGGCACCAGUGUCUUUUUAUCACAGUUUGAUUUCCUUGAAUGAGCACUGGAAUGACGUCUGGUCCUUGAUCAUGUAAAGCAGAUCUGACUCCUAACAGAGAUCCUUUCUGACAGUACGAUGAGUGAUUUCAGGAUGGUAUCCCAUUCACCCUGGGUUGCUAUGGAAACACAGCCCCAUAAUAGAGCUAUUUUUCUUUCUUUUUCAAUCCUUUGGUUGUAUUAUGUUAUCAGAUAGUUAAAAACACUGCACCAUAGACCUUUAUGAAGAAAUAGCUUUAUUCAACAAAAUUAUGUUCAUGGGGAAAUUUUGAAAUUGAUGAUUCAUUCUUACUGACUGAAAAGAUCACUUCCUCCAGAAGCGGUCUUGUAUAACUUGUGUGGAAACCAGCACAGGGUGUGGCCAUAAUGACAGAAGCACAAACAACACUGGCAACGCUGUCUGGUUUUGACAGCUUACAUUCUCCCCUCCAUUAAACCCUAAAUCCCCUCCAUUAAGUCUUCAUAGUACAAUUACCAGGAAAUAAAAUGCAGCAUAUGAUGAGGGGAUUUAUUCAGAAAUUGUACAUGAAAAAUAAUGAUACAUACAAAUUAAGAAAAGAAACACGCCCUUUACAGCUACGAGCAGUUUUUAUCUGACUAACCUUAUAAGUGUUUCUGUUAUAUUUCCUUGUUCUUUAUCUGUUUGUGUGUAGUCAGGCACUUUAGUGGUACAUUUCUGCUGAGUAGGAGGAGGAGGAUUCCUAAAUGCAUGUCUUUGUUUGGAUGCUUGUCAAAGAAGGGGGGGGGGGGGCGUGCAGGUCAACACUUCUCAACACGAAGCCUUUCAGAUCACAGAGCUGCUCCUCUAAAACAUCUUCAGUUGCUUACAAGAAAAAGAUGGAGGUGAAGACUCCCUUUGAAACAUUUUUCUUGAGUUAUGAGCUGCUCAGUCUUCGUCCUUUUAUCAAAACAAACACUAACCUGUUGCUGUCAUCAACUCCUGCUGUGGAUGUUCUGUCAGUGAAUGUGGAGCCAGUUUCAUGGACAUUCUUACAGUCACCCAAAACUAACAACCCCAAACAAACUCCAGAGUGUGUUGGAUUCAGCAACAGUGUGUUUCUGUGCUUUUGACUUCAGCUUUUUAAUUGUAAGAGAAAAACUGUUAUUCCUUCCCUUCAAAGUUGCACAGUCUUACUUUCUCAUUUUAACGCUUUUUUGUGAAACCAAUUCAGCAAUUCUUUGACCAGCUGGAAUUGACAAAUCAGCUCCAUGGUCUGUUCAUAUUCAGUGUCAUAGAAAGGUUCUUGGUAGUCAUUUUGACUAUGAACCUGUACAUGAUGCACACAUGCACAAACACACAUCUGCUCAGUGUGUUCAAAGACCUAAAUAAUUGUGCUAUACUAGUUAUUUAUUGUAAUAUAUUGUUUAUUUAUGUAUUUUUGAGGUGACAAAAGUUGAUGUGCCAUGUUCAGAGGUUCAAAAAUGUAAAUGUAAAGUUCAUUCUUGGGAAGAUGUUUGUGGUUUGAGGCUGCAGAUCCGGUAUGUAAAAGUACCUGUUGUUAUGUUUUGUGGCCACUAGAGGGCAGCAGAGGAGAAAAAUGAUGCUCAUCUCUUUGCACUGGUGUCAAAUGUCGUAAGGGACAGGAAACCAACAGAAAGGUGUAUCUAGAGUUUUAUCAGUGGUCGUCAUGACUGUGUAAUGUUCAGAUUUUUUUUAAAGCAAUGUUGUUCAAAACCUGUUUGCAUGUUAAAAGAAAAAAAGGUUCACAAUGCAAAAGAGGACUCUGAACUUUGUACUAUUGUAAUAUUGUUGAUGUGUAAAUAUAUGCCCAUGUUUGCUAUGUUAUUAUUAUUACUAUUAUUAUUAUUUAUAAGUUGUAAAUGAAAGAAUCAUCAACUAUAAAGCAAUACGUCUCCCCUCAUGUCCUCUCAACCAUCUGACAGCUGAAGCCACACGUCUUUUCUAAAGCUAUGUUUUACUAUGUCGAAAUAUGACUGAAAUGAAUAAAUUACAGGUUUUAUGUGA